AUGUCACGGCCAACGAACAGAAGACAAGAUAAUCACAAAAUAGACUGGCAUUUACCAAGCAUCUCAUCCUCUGCAUCAGCACAUCACAUGAGCAGAGAACUCUUUGUGCUCACCUAUGGGGCUUUGGUAGCCCAGCUGUGUAAGGACUACGAAAAGGAUGAAGAUGUGAACAAGUAUCUAGACAGAAUGGGGUAUGACAUUGGUAUAAGGCUGGUUGAAGACUUUUUGGCUCGCUCUGCUGUGAGGAAGUGCCGUAGCUAUUCUGAAACUGUAGACGUGAUUGCACAGGUUGCUUUCAAGAUGUACCUUGGGGUUACCCCUAGUGUGAGCUGCAGUAACACAACAGAAAAUGAAUUCUUCUUAAUGUUGGACAAGAACCCUUUAGUGGACUUUGUGGAGGAGCUCCCAGCAGGACGAUGUUCACUUUGCUACUGUAACCUCCUGUGUGGUGUUAUUAGAGGAGCCCUGGAAAUGGUUCACUUAGCAGCAGAAGUUACCUUCGUUCAAGACAGACUGAAGGGUGACGAUGUGACGGAAAUAGGAAUUACAUUUUUAAAGAAGCUCGAAGACAAAAAGCACAAAAGAAAGAAGUGA